AUGGAAGUCAUUAAGGAUUGGACUAAGAGCGGUGAAAGGACAGCACUCUUGGCUGAGUUCAAGAUGUCUCUGAAUGCAUAUCUUAAAGAUCUUGUGAAAUCACCGGUCCGGUCCUUAGCAGAUGUUAUUGCUUACAACGAGAAAUUCGCUGAAGAGGAAAAGGUAGAAGAAUGGGGACAAGAGCUCUUUCUUGCAGCAGAAGCUACCAAAGGAAUGGGUGAGACAGAGAAAGCAGCCUUGCAGAAAAUGGAAGAUCUUUCCAGGAACGGACUGGAGAAGCUGAUGAAAGAAAAGGAGUUAGAUGCAAUCGUCUCACUUGGUUCAAAGAUGAGCAAUGUCCUCGCCAUUGGAGGGUAUCCAGGAAUCAAUGUCCCCGCAGGAUAUGAUAGCGAAGGAGUUCCAUUCGGAAUAACAUUUGGAGGAUUAAGAUUCUCAGAGCCAAAGCUCAUUGAGAUAGCAUAUGGCUUCGAACAAGCAACUUUGAUCAGGAAGCCACCAAAGUUCAAAGCUCAAGGCACGCAACGAAAACAAAGUUGCUGUUUUCUAUAA